AGAGCUCGCGUCACGAUCCACGGGCUCACCGGGACUUGCACGCUGCCUUUAUAAUCCGCCCUCGCCGCCGAACCCUAGCUCCUCUUGCCUUUCUGCCCGCCCACCCGUCUCCUCGCCUCGCCGUCUCGCCCCACGCCGCCGACGCAAAGAUGCCGUUCAAGAGGUUCGUCGAGAUCGGGCGCGUGGCCCUGGUGAACUACGGCAAGGACUACGGCCGCCUCGUCGUCAUCGUCGACGUCGUCGACCAGAACCGGGCACUUGUGGAUGCUCCUGAUAUGGUCAGGUGCCAGAUGAACUUCAAGCGUCUUUCGCUGACCGACAUCAAGAUUGACAUCAAGCGUAUCCCUAAGAAGGCAACUUUGAUCAAGGCCAUGGAGGAAGCAGAUGUGAAAACCAAAUGGGAGAACAGCUCAUGGGGUAAGAAGCUUGUUGUCCAGAAGAGAAGAGCAUCGCUGAAUGACUUUGACAGGUUCAAGGUCAUGUUGGCUAAGAUUAAGAGGGGUGGUGCGAUCAGGCAAGAGCUUGCCAAGCUCAAGAAGGAGGUUGCUGCUUAGAAUAUCUUAGUGGAUGGCAUGUUGAGUUUUUUGUUCCAAGUUGGAUCUGCUCUAUGUUCCAGUGUUCUUAAAGCCAGAAUUAGUACAACUGUUUUCGGAGAACUACUUCAUAUUUUGUCAUGGCUGUUAUUGAAUACCCAAGCUAGUUUGCUACAGAUGUGCCUCUUGCCUUAAUUCAUUUGUGAUA